AAAAAAAUCUAUUUUUAGAUAUACAUUUAGAGAAAUGGAAGUAAUAAAAAAAAUAAUCUGUCACUUGGUUUUUAUCCACAUUAUAUAUCUUGUAAUUGUAAAUUGCAAUAUAGAAAACCUUGAUUUAAAUUAUACAAGUAACAAAGAAACCUAUGAUGAACUUUAUACAAAUGCAUUAAAAGCAUACAAUGAAGAUAAUUACCUACUAGCCACUAUAUAUUUAGAGAGAGCUAUUUCUGACUAUCAUCACGCAAAUGAAGUUAAAGCACAGUGUAGAAUACAGUGUGAUUUAAAGUUUAAAAAAGUUCAAACUUUGUAUAGCAAUUAUUUUAAUGGUGAAUUAGAUUAUUUACAUUACUUUAUUAAAGUAAAAUCAUGUUCAGAGCUAUGUGCUGAAAAAUUUCUUGGUAGAAGGCAAGCUGUGGCAGGAGAAAUACUUGCUUUAUUUGAAAAAAGAGAACCUUACAAUUACAUUCAGUAUUGUUAUUAUAAAAUAGGAGAAAUCGAAAAAGCAGCCAAUGCCGCAUUUACGUAUCUUGAAGUUAACCCAAAUCAUACUCUAAUGCAGGAAAAUAUAGAAAUAUUACUAAAAAAAAUUGGCAAAGACAACUCCACUCUUCGAUCACAAGAAGAGUUGCCACAUAUAACUUUAUACAAAUCUGCAGAAGCUUUUUAUAGUUCUGGUAAUAUGGAGAGGUGUAUUACUGAUUUUGAAGAGUCAAUGAAUUUAUUUUUCAAACAGUUACAAAAAUGUCAAUCACUUUGUGAAUAUCAAAGUGAAGAUAAGCAUAUUUCUUUUACAUCCACAUUGUUCAGUCAUUUCAAGUCAAUUCUUAGUUGUAGACAUAAUUGCCGAAAGAAAAUGACUACCAUGGAUGGAAAGCAAUACUUGAGUACUUUUGUACCAUACUAUCUUCAUUAUCUGCAAUAUUGUUAUUUUAAAGUUGGUGAGAUGAUCAAAGCUGCAACAAAUGCUAAAACAUAUUUAGAAUUUAUGCCUGACGAUCCUAUAAUGAUGUCAAAUAUGAACUUUUAUGUAAAGCAGCCAGCUUUAAAAGGGAAAAAGCUUGUUCCAAGAAAGAGGGCAAUGAGGUACUUAAGACAAUACACUAUGGAAGUUAGUUUAGCAGUUAUAUCAAAAGGUUAUGCUCUGCCUAUGAUGACAGAUGCUGAAGAGCAACAAGCAAAAUUAGAAGAAGAGAAUUUAGAUUCUGUCUAUAAAGAAGUUGAAGCAGGUUUUAUGAAAUCUAAAAAAGGAGAUGAUUUGCCAAAUGAAGAUGUUUCACCUGUAAAAUAUCGAAAUCGAGCUCGCUGGAAAAACAAUCAAGCAAUAAAUAAUUCGAAGUUACACCUUGAUGAAGUGAGCUUGAAUGGAACAGGUUUAGAACGUGUAGUAUUUGAUCAUGUUACUUCAGAAGAAGAAUGCAAUCAACUCAUGGAUCUUGCUAAGACUUUAAACAAAGAUGUAAAUUUAAAAAUAAUAGAGAAGAGAAAGAGUCAAUAUGAAGAUAUGAAAAUUUCAGUAACAGGUGAUGGUUAUCGACAUAGUCAUCAAGAUCCUGCCAGGCCUUUUACUGAAAAAGAAGUUUUCAAAGGAGUAACUCUAUCUGGUGCUGUUGAUGCUGUUGUUGCUGGUAAAGCUUCUGUAGAGGAAGCAGAACUUUACAUUAAUGUUAGCGAGCGACUUCGCUUGCUUACCCAAGAGUACUUUGAUAUGAAGGUGCGGUUGAACUUUGCAUUUACACAUCUAGUUUGCAGAUAUGCUCUUGAAGAUGCAAUAACACCAGGAGAAGAGCAUAUAAGUCAUCCUAUUCAUUCUGAUAAUUGUAUACUUAAUGGUGAUGGCAAUGGCACUUGUCCAAAACGUAGUCCAGCUUUUACAUGGCGAGACUAUAGUGCCUUGUUGUAUUUGAAUGAUGAUUUUGAAGGAGGAGAAUUUAUUUUCGCAAAUUCCACAGACAAAAUACAGGCGCAAGUUCGUCCAAAAUGUGGGCGUGUUGUUGCGUUUCGUUCCAAAGGAUUAGAAAAUUUGCACGGAGUUUUAGGUGUUAAAAAAGGUGUUCGUUGUGCUCUGCCCAUAUGGUUUACGUUGUCGACAGACAAAUCUGAAGAUGGAAGAGCUGCACAAAUAAUUAGAUUGUUUAAGAUAAAAGCUGAAAAAACAGAAAUAAACAAAAAAGUAGAACUUUAAAUUCUUUCAAAGUUCUAUGUACAAUAAAAUCAACUCGAACGCUGUUUAA